AUGUCUACCUUCAUCGAAUCAUGCGAGUUCCUAACAGAUGAGGAGGGUGACAUUUACGUGAAUAUGCCUGAUCUCCAUUGUGAACGGGCCUUAACACGUCUUCUUCGCAGUACCAAAUGGGGCGCUCAUCCUAUCGUCGUUCUCACCGAAUACAGUCUCAUCAAGAAAGCCUUUCAACAUCCAAGCUUUCAAGGGAGGCCUGACUUCUUUUCAUACAGAAUAGUGCAACGGCACAGAAAAAGGGGAGUGGCUUUGUCGGACGGGCUGGUGUGGUCAGAGAACCGACAUUUUCUCCUCACUCAGCUGCGGAACCUGGGCAUGGGUAAGACUUUCCUCGGGGACGCCAUAGCGGAUGAGGCGUCGUUGUUGAUGGACCAUCUCGAGAAGGCCUGCCUCGACAGACCUGUCGUCAUAGACAGCGCUCUCAACACGGCAGUUAUCAACGUGCUUUGGAUGAUGUUUACAAGCAAGCGAUACGACGUGGGCGACCUUGAAAUAGUGCAAUAUGUUCAAGUCCUGGAAAAAAUUCUGUACGUUAGUCGGAAGAAAAUCUUUCUGCUUGACAUCAUUCCAGUGUUGCCGAAAAUCCUACCUAUGUUCAUUCUCAACGCGUUCUUCGACUUCAAUGUGGGAGAAAAUUACUUUCAAGAGCUGACCAAAAUGUCUGAGAAUAAAAUUCGAGAACAUUUGACAUCCCUGGACCCAGACAACCCACGCGACAUCAUAGAUUACUACCUCCUGGAAAAAACUGAACGCGACUCCAAUGGCUUCCUCACUCAUUUCGAUGCUCAGCAGCUGUGCGGCAUGAUGAAUGACACAUUUUUGGCUGGCUUGGACACGACCGCCUCCACCCUGCGCUGGAUGAUGCUCUACCUAACCAUCUAUCCUGACGUACAGGCAAAGGCUCAUCAAUGCCUGGACGAGGCAGUGCCUAGAACUCGGCUUCCUUGCCUGGCAGACAAGCCUCGAUUAGCGUAUGUAGAAGCGCUGGUGCUGGACGUGUUGAGGCUGAGCUCUUUGGCGCCUCUGUUGAUGUUUCAUCGCGCCACAGAUGACGUCGUAUUCGAGGGCUAUACCAUACCACAGGACACAUUGCUGAUGGCGUGCAGCGAAAUUUGCCACAAAAAUAAGUCCUUCUGGCAGAAACCUGACCAACUUUACCCUGAACAUUUCCUGGACGAAAAUGGGAAGCUUGACAGCGAUAAGGAAAAUUUCAUCCCCUUCUCAGUCGGCCGACGCCAAUGUGUGGGGGAGUCUUUGGCCCGCAUGCAACUUUUCCUCUUCACGGCGGCCAUCUUGCACCGAUUCAAGCUCGAAGCUGCGACGACCACUUCGCUGAAAUCAGAAUCUGAUCCUGCCACGACCAUUUUCAACAGGCCAGAUAGAUUUGAACUGGUGCUUAGAAAAAGAAACUAAGCUCUUUGUGUCGGCAACAAACAUGACGCACUGCAUAUCUGAGCGUAUAUACCCAAGUUAACCCUAACCUUAAUUGUCUGGAAUGGGUACAAAACAUUCACAUUUAUUCAUCUUAGAUAGAAGUAAAGUGGGAGCCCUACAGUCUUGUCCGUCGCGAUACUCUUAAAUGAGAUCUGUGUCUGGGGUAGUACUUUCCAAGUUCAGUUGAGUACAGUUAGUCUAGGUACUUGACGGCGGGGUGAUUUAUCGUUCGUCAUUCGUGGGGUUAGCUUGAAAAAUGAAUCAGUAAGUGUCUGACAGUGUAAUGAACUCUUGAACUACUAUAUUAUACAUUAAUGUGUAUUAUAUAUUAACAGGUCUCUAGCAAAUAUUUUGAUCAGCGUUGACAAGGGGAGGCAUUGAUCAAAACUGCUAGUUCGAAGUGUAGGACAAGGGACGAUAUUGCUGAUUUGAAUGUAAA